GGCGAUGAAGCCUACCGUAACGUGAAGAAUUUGCUAGAAUCGUCCAGUUUUCAGAGGUUCUUCAUUUUUUACCAAAAAUAUAUCAAAAAGAAAAUCUGCAAUCGGCGUACAAGCAUCAUUAAGAGAACAGAGAAUGACAACAUGAACAUGGACCGUACGGACGCGGAGAUGAUGGAGAUGGAGACGACGGCGAUUGGGCAGCCGGAGCUGCCGUCCGACGCCGGCCAAGGCGACGUCUUAAGGGACUUUCUCGCAUUGGCUCGCCAGCUCCUCAAUCAAGGCAAGCCAUCGCAGGCCCUCCAAGCGGUUGUUAUGGCAAUGAGAACAAGAGGUGGGGAUGAGGCUGUAUUUGAGUCCUUACAUCGUGCUCGUGAGCUGUACAGAAGUAGAUUGCAAGAAAGCUCUGCUGUUGAUCAACUAGCUUCUUUGUUUGCUGAGUGUGCAAUUGCUGAAGUCCAUCCUUCCAAAACUGAACCAGCAGCAGGUGACGAGGGUGGCCCGUCAGUUGGACUUGGACCUGAUGCUGAAGGAACUUCUAUACUAGCGGAAAGUGGCAGGAUGCAGAUUGUAUUGGAUGCAUUUUCAGAUGGGAGUAGCUUCAUUUGUUUACAGUGUGGAGGUCUUGUUAGUAAUCAUCGCAAAGACGAGCACUAUGCAUAUUGGUGUGGCCAAACUUAAUGUGCACAUGCAUGGAGUGAAUAUAAGCCCUCUUCUGCGAUGCUCCUAUAGAUGCAUAUGAUAUGUGCCUCUGUUGAUAUGCAUCUGCGAUGCUCCUGAUGCAGAUUCUAGUUGCUCUUGAUUCCAGCUUCUCUAAUGGCCGCAUUGUUAGAUAUUGACUCAUAGGAAGCAGAACAUAUGAAUAUUUUGGUUUAGGAUAUGAAGAUCUUGUUUCAGUUGGAUUGGAGUAUAUUGAUAAAAUUUGUUCCCUAGUAUGAUUAGUUUGGAAUCAUGUAAUACUUGUAGCAAUCACACAUUUUCACAAGGAAAUAGUUAAUGAACAAAUUGGACAGAUGAUGUUGCAUA